AACUCUUUUUCUCUGUUUCUUUCAUCAAAGCUUUAAAAUCUGAUAGAAAUCAACUUUAGUUUGUGUCAUCCAGAAAACUAAAAGCAAAGAGCUAGUAAUAGUAUUGAUCAAGGCAGAAGUAUAGGAGAUGAGUUGUUCAGCACACAAAGCUUGGAUUGCAGCAACUAGUGUUGGAGUUGUGGAGGCCUUGAAGGACCAGGGUCUGUGUAGGUGGAAUCACGCUUUCAAAUCUGCUCAACAUGUCAUCAAAACCCAUCUUGGAUCUUUGUCACAAGCAAAGAACUUUUCCUCUUCUUCUAUGGUUUCUACUUCUAGCAGAUUAAAGGGGAAGCAGUCAGAGGAAUCAUUGAGGACUGUUAUGUACUUAAGCUGUUGGGGUCCCAAUUAGAGCAUUAAGUAGUGACAAAUUUUUAUUUAUUUAUUUAAUUUGAAGGCACAAAGAUGAAUAGGGUCAGAGAUUUCUAUUCACAUAUUGGCUCUGUGCUAGUUUGUAACAGUAAACCAAGGAUUAUAUGUCUAUCAUGACUGAUCAUUAUGCAUAUUCCAGUUUGAUUCUUGAUCGUGAAAAUAUUGUCACAAGUACCUUGAAAUUGGAGGAAUCAUCAAGUCAUCUAUCUAAUAAGCAAUUAAAAAACGAGUAUGUAUUAUUUAUGAAAGGGCUUUGUACCUUUGGCGUGUCAAAGAAAGUGGAGUAACACAUCAGCGAGAUGAUGUCUACACAAAAGAGAGACAAUUUAUGCAAUGGUAGUGUAAAGAACUCUACAACGUUGUUCAUCGAAGAGCCAAAUGCUAGCUUAUGGCACCAUGUUGCCACUAGGCACAUGAACAUCUCUAGGCAUUAACAUGUUACACGUGGAUAAAAUUAUUAUAAGUGAUAAAUUCUUUUUUACAAGUAUUUAA